GUGGUCCAUUUGUUUUAUCAAAUUUUACUGAUCGAUCAUUUAUUCUUAGUAAAUUAUCGAGUUUAUUAUUAGAAUAUAAUGAAAAAAUCAUAUCAAUUAUUGAUCUUCCAGCAAUAACUAUAUCACCUCCACUUUAUUUACAAUUUAAUAAUAAUUUUACGGAAGAACAACAAGCAUAUGAAAAUAUACGAAUAGCUGCAUGGCAUACACAUUUUGCUAUCUAUGGAAGAGGUUCAGCUAUGUAUAGAACAAAUGAAUUAUAUGAAUUAUUAUUUCAAGGAAUACCAAAUUCAUUACGAAAUGAAUUAUGGCUUUUAUUUAGUGGUGCUAUAUAUGAUAAAGAAGUAAAUUUGAAUAUUUAUAGAAAAUAUGUUUAUGAAUCAUCAAAUGUUAAAAAUGAUCAUGAUACAAUAAAUGAAGAAAUUGAACGUGAUCUAUAUCGUGCAUUACCAGAUCAAGAAGCAUAUCAACAAGACUCAGGCAUUAAUGCAUUAAGACGUUUAUUAAGAGUAUAUGCUUGUUAUAAUACGGAUGUUGGUUAUUGUCAAGCUAUGAAUAUACUUGGUGGCGUACUUUUGCUUUAUAUGAAUGAAGAAGAUGCAUUUUGGACAUUAGCAGCAUUAUGCGAAAGACUUUUACCGGAUUAUUAUAAUACGAAAGUAGUUGGAGCUUUAAUUGAUCAAGAUAUUUAUGAAAGUGACAAACCUGAAUAG